AUGCAUUCAAACAAGCUUUUGUCUUUGGCCUUGAGCCUCUAUGUAGUGGACUCAGUAGUCGCGAGUCCAUGCAAGCCUUUUUCCUCAGCUGACAGUUCUGUCGCUUUGACUACGCUUUCUGGAUCAACGACUACGAUUCUUCCUAUGCCUUCUUCUACCGAGACCUUCUUCUUGGAUACUACCCUGAUCACUCAGGCAACCGAAACCAGCGGAACUAAGACUACUACUCAAGCGACUGAAACCAUCGAGACUGAGGCUAAGACUGAGUCUGCCACUACGCUUACAACUAGCGCCACUUCUGUCGACGUUACUACUGUCGAUGGCGGAACAUCAACUCUCGUACUCGACACCACGAUCACCACCGAGGCUACCACUACUACAGCAGCCGAGGUUACCACAACGGCAGCAGAGACCACAACCACCGCGGCGGCUGGCUGCCCUCAAGUUACUAUUCUCGCCAAUCCUACUUCCAUCUUUACUUCCUCGGAAGGUAUUGAUUUUGACGACCAGUAUAGAGCCGUCGUGGUGCCUUUUGACGUCGGGGUCUUUGGUGCUUCUGCAUCCACUGUCUAUGUCAGUGUGAAUGGAUUAAUAACACUAGGACGAGGCCCCAAUGAUGCCCAUAUCAACGCAGCACUACCAGCCCAGAAUAUUCCAGAGGUUGCUAUUUUGCCCUACUGGGAUGAUUUGUAUGUCGCUGGGGGCUACUGUGGAAUCGGCAUCAGCUAUGAAGUCAUUGAUACUCCCCGUGGUCGGGCUUUCACUGUCGAAUACUACGUUGGUGGUAACGGCAAUCUGGUCGGUGACCACUUCACUGUCAGCAUGUUUGAGGAUUAUCCUGGACUUGUCAGAUACGCGUACUACAAGACGUCUAUGCAUGGAAGUACUGCUACUGUUGGUGUCCAGAACGGCAUGCUCAAAGCGCAGUACUCUUUCAAUGCUGUUGAUUCUAUCCCUAAUAAUUUUUAUGUUGAGAUCGAUACGAGCAGUGGGCAGGGCAUUUUCACAAGUGGUCGAUUGUAA